AUGAAGUUCUCACACAGUAUUCAGUUCAACGCCGUGCCUGACUGGAGCAGUCACUACAUCGCCUACAGCAAUCUCAAAAAGCUCAUCUACACUCUCGAGAAGCAAAUCAACCGACAGCCGGGCGAAGCGCAGACACAGGAAGAUGAGGAGAACACAGCUCUGCUGGGCGGAUCGCUCGACCCGGACACCAUCUUCAAGCGCAUGCUGGACUCGGAGCUGGACAAGGUGUGCUCCUUCUAUCGCUUAAAGGAGCUGGAGAUCUUCGGCGAACUUGAUCACCUGUUGAAAGAUGCAGAGAACUAUAAAGCCGAGACGCGUGAUCUGGACAUGGACGCCGUGGUCGAGACGGAGAAUCGAAGGAAAGCCCAGCGCUCGUCGAGUAUUUUCAACGUCCCCUUCCGGCGGAAGAGAAGGACCUCGACCAUGAGCAUCAGCUUCGAGGAGCCCGAGGGCUUUGACAGCGAUAGUGACGCUGAAGACAAUGCCGCCAUGAUCAAGAAGAAGAAGCCGUCGACAACGGGGAGGCCGAGGAGCAAAUCCGCCUGGGACGGCGAGGCAUCGGCCCAUUCAGCCAUGGCCGACUCGCGCGACGAUCUGAGAUCUCUUGAUUCACCCACGUUCCUGAGAAGGAAACCGAGUCUCGCCAUGGAGAUGGAGGCUUCCGAGCCUGGUCAGCUGUCAGCACUCUACGACUCGGGCAUCAAUCUGAAAAAGCGGACAAUCAGCCUAUACGUCUCGCUGUGUGAGCUGAAGUCGUUCAUCCAGCUCAACCAGACCGGCUUUAAGAAAGCCGCGAAAAAGUACGACAAGGUCUGCAACCGCGACAUCCGGAAGGACUACAUGGAGAAGUCGGUCAAUCCAUCAUAUCCCUUCCAAGAGAAGACCAUGGUCCAUCUGGACGAGAACAUCGCCAAAAUCGAGAAGAUCUACGCCGACGUUGUCACGAAAGGCGACCAGGCCAUGGCGAGGAGAGAACUGCGGCUUCAUCUUCGCGAGCAUGUCGUCUGGGAACGAAACACCGUGUGGCGCGAGAUGAUUGGCAUUGAACGGAAAGCUCAAGCGGCCAACUUUGGUAUCAGGCAGACUCUCCUGGGCGGGGUGCAAGAUCCGUCCAAAGCUCGAUUACAAGGCGAUCGCGAAGCCAUCGAGACCAAGGAGUUUGUCACCCCCGUUGGACGCUACCGGUGUCCGAAGUGGCUGUUCAGCGGCACCUUCUUCGCCCUGGUUGGCAUCCUCGCGAUAUUCCUGGCCCUGCUGUACGUGCCGAUCAUGAAGAAACCCGAACAGCAAAACUGUCUGGCCAUGCUGGUCUUUGUCUCCCUCCUCUGGGCCACGGAAGUGAUACCCCUGUUCGUCACCUCCCUGCUCAUCCCCUUCCUCGUGGUCGUCCUGCGGAUCAUGCGCUCCGACGACAAACCUCAUCAACGACUGGACUCGAAAGCCGCGACAAAGGCCGUGUUCGCGGCAAUGUGGACGCCCGUCAUCAUGCUCCUGUUGGGAGGAUUCACGAUCGCGGCCGCGCUCUCGAAAUACCACAUCGCCAAGAUGAUGGCCACAUUUGUGCUCAGCAAGGCCGGCACCAAGGCCCGCAACGUGCUGAUCACCAACAUGUUCGUGGGCAUGUUUCUGAGCAUGUGGAUUUCGAAUGUUGCGGCCCCGGUGCUGUGUUUCAGCAUCAUUCAACCCAUGUUGCGCAACUUACCUAGUGACAGCAACAUGUCCAAGGCGUUGAUCUUGGGAAUCGCACUGGCGAGCAAUAUCGGUGGAGCAGCCUCCCCGAUCGCCAGCCCCCAGAACAUCAUCGCCCUGCAGAACAUGAAACCCGCGCCGAGCUGGGGGGUGUGGUUCUUCAUCGCCCUCCCCGUGUGCAUCUUGAGCAUCGUGCUCAUCUGGCUUUUAUUACUUGUCACCUUCAAGCCCGGCAAGGGCACGACCAUCGUCCCGAUCCGCCCCAUGAAAGACAGCCUGAACGGCGUCCAAUAUUUCAUCAUCUUCGUCACUUUGGUGACUAUCGUCUUGUGGUGCACGAGCCACCAGUUGGAGAGCGUGUUCGGGGAUAUGGGCGUCAUCGCGAUCAUCCCGCUGGUCCUCUUCUUCGGCACGGGCAUCCUCACCAAAGAAGACUUUAACAACUUCCUGUGGACCAUCAUCAUCCUCGCGGCGGGCGGGCUGUCGCUCGGGCGCGCCGUAUCGUCCUCGGGCCUGUUGCACACCAUCGCCCGCUCCAUCACGGAACAGGUCGACAACCUGUCCAUCUACGGCGUGCUCGUCGUGUUCGCGGCCUUGGUCCUCGUCGUCGCUACAUUCAUCUCCCACACGGUGGCCGCGCUGAUUAUAUUGCCGCUAGUCCAGCAGGUCGGCCAGGGAAUGAAGGAACCGCAUCCGAAUCUGUUAGUUAUGGGCGCAGCCUUGAUGUGCAGCGCCGCCAUGGGCUUGCCGACGAGCGGAUUUCCAAAUAUGACUGCAAUCAUGAUGGAAGUCCCCGAGACAGGCGUGCGGUAUUUGCGCGUCAAGCACUUUUUGACCCGCGGCGUGCCUGCGAGCAUCAUCACCUUUGCCAUCGUCAUCACCGUGGGAUACGGGCUGAUGAUGGCGGCUGGGCUUUGA